GUUGAGCCCAUGCAGCAAGGCAACUGGGUGACUGUGAGGCGGGCUAGUCGCGGGUCAAAACACCACUCUUCCGUUCCGAUCAGAACAUCAAACAGGUUCUCCCCACUCAGUGACGCACCCACUGAGAAACCUGAUGAAAGUGUUCUAGUUAUUGGCAAUUCUAUUGUACGGAACGUGAAAAUGGAGACACCAGCCACCAUAGUCCAUUGUUUACCAGGAGCCAGAGCGCCUGACAUCUUGGCAAAUUUAAAAGUGCUGACUAAUGCUAAACGUAAAUUCAGUAAGAUUGUUAUCCACGUCGGCGCUAAUGAUGUUCGACUUCGCCAGUCGGAGAUCACUAAAAAUAAUGUUAAAGAGGUGUGUGAACUUGCAAGUACGAUGUCAGACACUGUAAUAUGCUCUGGUCCGCUCCCUGCUUAUCGUGGUGAUGAGAUUCAUAGCAGACUGUUGUCACUCAAUGGCUGGAUGUCUAAGUGGUGCCCACAAAAUAACAUGGGCUUUAUAGAUAAUUGGAAGAAUUUUUGGGGCAGACCUGACCUGUUGAAAAGAGAUGGUGUUCAUCCCUCCUGGGGUGGUGCCGCUCUUCUCUCUAGAAAUAUCUUAGUUCAUGCGUUUAUGACCUCAAGGUUAGACUAUUGUAAUGCUUUAUUGGGGGGUUGUUCUGCACGCUUUAUCAACAAACUACAGUUGGUCCAAAAUGCAGCAGCUAGAGUCCUUACUAGAACCAGGAAAUAUGACCAUAUUAGCCCGGUUCUGUCAACACUGCACUGGCUCCCUAUCAAACAUCGGAUAGAUUUUAAAAUCUUGUUAAUUACUUAUAAAGCCCUGAAUGGCUUAGCUCCUCAGUACUUGAGCGAGCUCUUAUCACACUAUAGUCCUCCACGUCCACUGCGUUCUCUAAACUGGCCGUUUGAUAAUACCUAGAAUAUCAAAAUCGACUGCGGGCGGUAGAUCCUUUUUCCUAUUUAGCACCCAAACUCUGGAACAAUCUACCUAACACUGUUCGGGAGGCAGACACACUCUGUCAGUUUAAAUCUAGAUUAAAGACCCAUCUCUUUAGCCUGGCUUACAUAUAACACACUAAUACGCUUCUAUUAUUCAAAUCCGUUAAAGGAUUGUAAGGCUGCAUUAGUUAGAUCAACCGGAACCGGGAACACUCCCCAUAACACACGAUGUACUCGUUACAUCGUAAGUAGAAUGGCAUCUACGCUAAUAUUUGUCUGUUUCUUUCCUAUUCUGUUUCUCAGUCCGUAUCCGAUCAGAUGGUGGAUCAGCACCAAGAGAUGAUGUCUACAGCCCUAAUCGUCAGCGGAGACCAGGACACCCAGAUGAGCCCCAGAGACAUAUCCCCAGUGAAGACCUCCAUAGGAUUGGAUGGAGAGAGGAAUCACCCCGACUGAAUGUCUCGCCAGCGGGCACGAUCUCCCAUGGCUAACCUGGAAGACCCUCAACAGACUACGAGUGGAACAGGGGAGGUGCAAAGCACUUAUGAAAACAUGGAACCACCAGACAGACGACACAUGUAGCUGUGGAGCAGUUCAGACAAUGUCCCACCUACUGGAGUGUGAAAACGCCCCCCAGUGCAGCCCCCAGGACCUGGCUGAACCGACCCCAUCAGCUGUGACCUGCGCUAGAUACUGGCAGAACGACAUCUGAAAUUGCAACGGACUCGAAAAGAAGAAUUCUGCUUGGUCUGGGUUCCUGCGAGCCGGUCUUUGAUAUCACGGAUCCAGUGUUUAUUGAGGAAUGCGUGAGAGGACACAACAAGCACCGCGCCAACGUGAAGCCCGCGGCCGCAAACAUGCGCUACAUGACGUGGGAUGAAGGGCUGGCGGUGACGGCGCGGGCCUGGGCCCGAUUCUGCCUCUUUAAACAUAACAUUUACCUCAGGGAGGUGAGAAAGGUGCAUCCCACAUUCACAUCCGUGGGAGAAAACAUCUGGGCAGGAGCGCCAUACUCCUCAUUCAAACCUGAAUCUGCGGUGCAGUCGUGGAAUGAUGAGGACCAAUUUUAUGAUUACAAUACAAACCAGUGCAAACCAGGCAAAGUGUGCGGCCACUACACACAGAAUGUCUGGGCGGAUUCGUACAAAGUUGGUUGCGCCGCACAAGCGUGUCCCAAUGGUGUGGCUGAAACAAGCUUCUCAACAAAGCCUGGAGUCAUAUUUGUGUGCAAUUAUGCAACAGCAGGAAAUUAUCGAGGUGUAGCUCCGUACAGAAGCGGCGCCUCAUGCAGCAGCUGCAGAGAAGAGACGUGUGAAAACAACCUCUGUCGAAACUCCACCCGCGAUGCACCGCAGAGUUAUAACUGGACUCCAGACUGGGACCCUGCGCUCUCCUCCUGCGGGUCAUUCUGCCUGGCGGUUGUGAUUAUCAGACUCAUAUCUGUCCCGCUCAUAUUUGCCUGUGUUUACUGCCUACAGCGCCGUUAUAAUCUGUUUGCAUAUGAGUGAAACAACCAGAACUCAACCGCAAAACAGUGAAAGUCCACAUUCAUCCAAAGCCACAAUUCCACUGGGACAGAGAGGAACAUUAACACUCUGAUGCAAUAAUAGAUGAUAAAGAAUAAGAUGCAUACUGAUUGUAUAAUAAUUUUGUAUAAUAACUCCUUAAUACCGGUACGUGUUAUUGAAUUUUUGGAUGCUUAUAGGAGUUAAAAUAUGUUUUAAAAAAUUAUUUUCUCUGGAUAUUUCCAUGUUAUCUUUUUCAAUAAAAAGUUUUAAGUGGCAUUAAACAUUA